GGGACUCGUACUUCACGAUGGAGGGCCUGCUGGUGUCGGGCAUGACCGAGACGGCGAAGGGGAUGCUGGAGAACUUCUUCCACCUCGUGGAUGAACUCGGGUUCGUCCCCAACGGGGGGAGGGUGUAUUACAAGAAGCGCUCCCAGCCGCCCUUCCUCUGCCUCAUGGCCAAGAAGUACUACGAUCACACAGGGGACUUUGACUUUAUCAAGCGGAACCUGGACCUCCUGGAUCGGGAGUUCAAAUUCUGGGAAGAAAAUAGGCUGGUGGAGGUGAAGAAGGACACGAACACGCACUACGUGUACCGCUACAUAGUGAACGUGACGGGGCCCCGACCGGAGUCCUACAAGGAGGACGUAGCGACCGUGGGCGGCCUUAGCAAAACCGACCAGGAUAAUCUCCACGUCAGCAUCAAGAGUGCCUGCGAGUCUGGCAUGGACUUCUCUACGCGAUGGAUGAGAGAUCCUGAAAAGGGAGACUUGAAAACCCUGAUGACGCAAUCGAUCGUGCCCGUGGACUUGAACGCCCUCAUGUGCCGGAACGCCUUGAUCCUGGAGGAGUUCUACCUCGGCGUCAGUAACUCGACUGCGGCGGGGUGGUACCAAACGAGGAGCCAAAGCCUCAAAAAGGCCAUCCAGGAUCUAUUCUGGGACGAAACCGACAUGACGUGGUACGACUUCGAUCUCGAUAGUAAG